AACGCCUUACCACGAUGAGAGCGAUGACUGCGACACGCGCUAAAUUCGGCAUCCCGUCAUUUACGUCGCACUGCUUACUGGCAUUUGUUCUACGAUUAGUCUUGAUAGCGUACGCAGAUUUUCACGACGAGUACUUCGCAGUGCCGUACACGGAUGUGGAUUAUAAGGUAUUUACUGACGCCGCUAGGCACGUGGUAGAACAGAGAUCACCGUUCGAUCGUCAUACUUACCGCUACUCGCCGUUUCUGGCCUGGCUUAUGACCCCGAAUGUCACAUUACAUAAGAAUUUCGGAAAGAUCUUGUUCUCCGUGGUAGAUAUACUGAUCGCGGUCCUAAUUAGAAAUAUUCUCGCGCGACAGAGAUGUGACGAGACCGUGAGGGAUCGCUGCGCGCUCCUGUGGCUUUACAAUCCGUUAACAUUGGUGAUCUCGACGAGGGGUAACGCGGAUUCAUUGGCAGUUCUCUUGGUCGUGCUCACGUUAGAUUUGUUACAGAGAGACAAAAUUGUAUUGGCCGGAUUGUUACACGGGAUAUCCGUGCAUUUUAGAUUAUAUCCGUUGAUGUUCAGUUUGCCCAUGUUUCUGUCUCUAUGUAAAGGUAAUCGCUUUCUGCCAAAUAGAGACCAGUGGAGACUCGUGCUUGGUUGUGCAUUCUCGAUCGUCACGUUGACAGCCACGGGUUACCGUCUGUAUGGCUUUAAAUUCUUGUACGAGAGUCUUAUAUAUCAUUUAGUUCGUAAGGACACGAGGCACAAUUUUUCCGCGUAUUUCUACAUGCUCUACUUAUCCGCUAAUCAACCACAGAGUUUAAUUCAGAAGGUCCUUACGUUUUUGCCGCAAUUACUACUGUUAUUAAUGUCGUCAUAUUAUUAUUCGGAAAAAUCCAACUUGCCGUUCGCUAUGUUCGUCCAGGCGAUAAUCGCGGUGAUGUAUAAUCCGGUAAUAACUUCCCAGUACUUCUUCUGGUUUCUGUCUCUGUUACCUCUGUGCCUACCAAAUAUCGAAAUGAGUCUGCGCCGGAGCGUAUGGUUAGUGUGUUCUUGGCUCUUAAGCCAAGCUAUUUGGCUGUUAACCGCUUAUACGCUAGAAUUCCAAAGUUUUAAUUCCUUCGUCUUUAUUUGGAUAUCUGGUCUUCUAUUUUUUGCUGUUAAUGUAAAGGUUUUAGUAGAUAUUAUUUAUCACUAUAAAAUAUCAGACGAGUUAUAAUGAUUCUUAAUUUUAUUCUUUUGCAGGAAUACAAAAUACUUAUUUACAGAUAGCUUCGUAAAGUAAUAGUGGUAGAUUCUGAAAAGGAAUGUAGAUAUAUUUAGUAAUAAUACAAUAAUCGUAAAUCUUACUAUAGUAAUCUAGAUUAAUUGUGAGCAAGAGCAUCUCUUGGAUCCGAGAUAUUUCCUCAUCGAUUCGAUUGUUCUAAGCUGCUAAAUAUCAUGACAGUAAUAUUAUUGGGUCAUUUCUUGUCUUGAUUGCACGUGUAAGGAUAUGCAAAUACUUGCAUUAUAAAUCUCUGUCACCGCGCAGUCUAUUCGUGUAAUUAUAUCCCGCGAUGAUAUGUACUUGACACACGUAUACAUAAAAGAAAGACACCUGAGAUGUCAUGUUAAAUCCACUUUUACAUUAUUUAAAAUAUAUAUAUCUGCCAACUUUUAAAUAAAGAGGAAGGGAAUUAUGUUGCUUAUUUCUGAAUAUAGCUAUGUUUGAUUUACAUAAAUGUGUCGGAUCAUCGUUCCAUCGAGACUGCUCAAAAUUGCAGAAGCGUGCGCUUUUUCGGCGAAAUUCUUUCGGCGACACGAAAUGGCCCAAUGGAUACGAGUCGAAAGAAAAAGGAAAACCGAAAUAGAUCUUCUCUUUCAUAUAACUACGGGUCUUUUUACGGCGGAGAUGAUGAUGAAGUGCAACAUAUAAAAAUAGCAUUAUUUUCUUUCAUUGCUUUCAUUACAGUUUGCUCAACUGUGUGCUAUAUGAAGUAAUCUAUUUUAUUUGUUCUCUUUCUCUCUUUCUUGAAAACGGAUACACACGACUGAUCUUCGUCAAACGCCUGCGCGAAACGUUUGCACGGAGAUCAGUCCGGAUAACAUCGGGAGGGAGGGGGGAGCGAAGUUCCGGGUCACGCAGAGAAUGAAAGUACAGGCCACUGCGAUCGAAGCGAUAAAAAUUAUAAAUAAUCUCCAUCUUGGCCGCGCGGCCCGGAAGUCACCCCCUCCGCCCGGGAGAAAAUGUUUUACAUUAUUCACAAACCGAUCCACCGUCUCGUUAAGCCUUCCUUGAAAAAAAGAAAAACUCAUCGAUAGUAUACAAAGAAAUCGUACGCGAUUACGUGAGAUAUAGAAGACUAUACUUGGACGAAUACGGCAACAAAAGUCUUUCCGAGGCACAUACAUAGAAAGUGCAAAUUCAUCGUCUUUCACUGCUCGCGCAAAGCCGAACACUUUGGGAAAAAAAAAAAAAACACUGGAGCGUGCCACUCAGAAAUAAAGCGAUUGGCGUAGCAAAAUUUUUUUUAUAGCAAAUUAAUUCUGAUCGAUUCAACCCGCUCCAACAUUUUUUUGGAGAUCGAACGAAAAUCUCUCGUGGACGCGAAACGUUUCCAACAUUCUUACGGAAUAUCUCGAAUCGAAAGUAAAGUAGGUCGUAAUAUUUUUGUACUUACACUCUUACGGUAAUAUCAUGCGUAUGUGUCGAAUAAAAAAGAAAAAAAUGUGAUCACGCGGCCACGAUCGGAUUCCCCGGGACCUCGUUACAGCGAAACGAAUGAAAGAAACGUGAUGUACGUUCAGCUACACUGGGAUGAAGAAUUAUUGGCACACUGUCAUAUCGAAAUAGAUUGACCACUUUGCGUUGUAAUAAAGUUCUCAGACUCA